ACUUCCUUUUUACAAAACGUGCGUUUGUGAGCGAGAGGGCGAAGCUCCAGUAGCACGUAAAUAGUGCCUCAAAAUAUAAAAAAUGCGAAUUGAGAAGUGUUAUUUCUGCUCCGGACCGGUAUACCCCGGACAUGGGAUGAUGUUUGUACGGAACGACUGUAAGGUAUUUCGGUUCUGCAAAUCAAAAUGUCACAAAAACUUCAAGAAGAAGCGUAACCCAAGGAAGACCAGGUGGACCAAGGCUUUCAGAAAGGCCGCCGGCAAGGAGCUGACAGUAGAUAACGCGCUUGAGUUUGAGAAACGCAGAAAUAUUCCAGUUAAAUACCAGAGGCAGUUAUGGAACAAGACGGUGGAAGCGAUGAGGAAGGUGCAGGAAAUCAAACAGAAGCGGCAGGCGCGGUUUAUCCUGAACAGACUGAAGAAGGGCAAAGUUCUGGAGAAGGAGGAGGCCAUCAGCGAAGUGAAGAAGAACAUUCACCUCAUCAAAGCUCCACACGCAGGGCAAGCCAGGAAACUGGAAGAGAAGAUGGUGGAAAAGCUACGAGAAGACGUGGAAAUGGGUGACGAUUAGAUGCUGUCUGCAGCUCAGCACUCAGAUGAAAUUAGGUGACCUGAAGAGAAAAAAACAACAACAAACCAACCCUGAAAAUGCUCUUCAGCUCUAUAAAGACUUUUGGAAAAAUACACUUUCCCCUUGUCAGCAAGAGAUCUAAAGGAUAUUGGGGUGAAAAGAUCUUCUCUAUCUGAUCCAUUGAAAAUGAAUAAGUGGAAGUUGCAUCCGUUUCCAGAUUUUUAAGCAAAACAAACAAUAACUUGUACUAUGAGCCCUCCUCCCUGCACAACAGAGGUAAAUGUUCGGUUGCGCAUAAGGUUUAAUAAAAAUCUUUGUCCAA